AAAAUUUGUAACAAGUGGCGCCAGGGGCGUUUCGCGUUUAGAUUUUGCCUGUCAGUCGGCAGCCAGCUUUUCGAUUUGACAUUUAUUUUCGCAGAAUUGAGAACGCAAAAGUAGUGCGCACAAGUAAUCCGGCAAGUGGGAGUUAGCAGAAACUGACUGUAGUCCUAACAUUGAUCCAUUUAUGUGGCAUUUCCUAUAUCUAUCGUCCAUAUAUGCCCAAUCGAUUUUGCAGAGACGUAAUUAGCGAAUAAUCUCAUUAACUGCAUAAAAAUGACUGACUCAAAGUACUUCACAACUACGAAGAAAGGAGAAAUCUUCGAGCUUAAAUCCGAAUUGAAUAAUGAUAAAAAAGAAAAGAAAAAAGAAGCUGUCAAAAAGGUCAUUGCUUCUAUGACCGUUGGCAAAGAUGUUUCGGCUCUUUUUCCUGAUGUCGUCAAUUGCAUGCAGACCGACAAUUUGGAGUUGAAGAAGCUUGUGUACCUUUAUCUCAUGAACUAUGCAAAAAGUCAACCGGACAUGGCAAUAAUGGCGGUGAACACAUUCGUAAAGGAGCUAGCGACCUCUCCGAUGACAAAGGACUGUGAAGAUCCGAAUCCGCUAAUACGUGCAUUGGCCGUACGAACAAUGGGCUGCAUACGAGUCGACAAGAUCACCGAGUAUCUCUGCGAACCACUUCGAAAAUGCCUCAAAGAUGAAGAUCCCUAUGUUCGGAAAACAGCCGCCGUAUGCGUUGCCAAGUUGUACGACAUUAACGCUGCACUUGUCGAGGAUCAAGGAUUUCUGGACCAACUCAAGGAUCUUCUGUCAGACAGCAAUCCUAUGGUCGUUGCAAACGCUGUGGCUGCGUUGUCAGAAAUCAACGAAGCCAGCCCGAGUGGCCCUCUUGUUGAGAUGAACGCUCAAACGAUCAACAAAUUAUUGACAGCACUGAACGAGUGUACGGAAUGGGGACAGGUUUUCAUUCUUGAUUCUUUGGCCAAUUAUUCACCGAAGGACGACCGCGAAGCCCAAAGUAUCUGCGAACGGAUAACCCCCAGAUUGGCUCAUGCCAAUGCGGCGGUCGUGCUCUCCGCAGUUAAGGUUCUAAUGAAACUUAUGGAAAUGUUACAAUCGGAGUCCGAUUUUGUCGGCACUCUGACAAAAAAAUUGGCUCCUCCGUUAGUCACUCUUCUCAGCUCCGAGCCGGAAGUACAGUACGUUGCACUAAGAAACAUCAAUUUAAUAGUGCAGAAACGUCCUGAUAUCCUGAAGCACGAAAUGAAAGUAUUUUUCGUAAAGUACAACGAUCCGAUUUAUGUGAAACUCGAAAAACUCGACAUCAUGAUACGGUUAGCAUCCCAAGCAAAUAUAGCUCAGGUGCUCUCGGAAUUGAAGGAAUACGCAACAGAAGUCGACGUCGAUUUCGUCAGGAAAGCUGUGAGGGCUAUUGGUCGAUGCGCCAUCAAAGUUGAACCUUCCGCCGAAAGAUGCGUUUCUACGCUCUUGGAUCUUAUCCAAACGAAGGUAAACUACGUCGUCCAAGAAGCCAUAGUAGUAAUAAAAGAUAUUUUCCGCAAAUAUCCAAAUAAAUACGAGAGUAUAAUAUCGACACUGUGCGAAAAUUUGGACACUCUUGACGAGCCCGAAGCGCGAGCUUCGAUGAUUUGGAUAAUCGGUGAAUACGCUGAGCGUAUAGAUAAUGCGGAUGAAUUGUUGGAGAGCUUUUUGGAAGGUUUUCACGACGAGAAUACUCAAGUUCAGCUACAACUUUUAACCGCCAUCGUGAAGCUUUUCCUCAAACGUCCGACAGACACGCAAGAAUUGGUCCAACAAGUUCUAAGUCUCGCGACUCAAGACUCGGACAACCCGGAUUUACGUGAUCGAGGCUUUAUCUAUUGGAGAUUGUUGAGCACCGAUCCUGCCGCUGCUAAAGAAGUUGUUCUAGCUGAGAAGCCGUUGAUUUCCGAGGAAACUGAUUUACUCGAACCUACACUUUUGGAUGAACUCAUUUGUCACAUUUCCAGUCUCGCUUCCGUGUAUCACAAACCUCCAACCGCUUUCGUCGAAGGUCGAUCAGCCGGUGCAAGAAAAUCCCUACCGGCGAGAAGCAACUCAAACGAAGAAGCUACUCAAAGAAACGCUACUCCACAAGCUCAAGUCAUUCCCUCCCAGGAUUCUCUCAUCGGCGAUCUCUUGAGCAUGGAUAUCGGUGGCCCUGCGGUAACUGCUCCUGCGGCUUCGGCACCCACGGGAAUGGGUCUCGAUCUUCUCGGUGGUGGACUCGAAGGAAUUCUCGGUGGUCCAGAUACCGCGAGUACAGCUGCUCCCGGCGUUUCCCAAAGUACCACCGGACUUUUGGGCGAUAUAUUCGGCUUCAGUUCAGGACCCACUCCCUACGUAUCAGCUAAAAUUAAUUGGCUUCCUGCGGAAAAGGGCAAAGGAUUUGAUAUUUGGGGAACGUUCUCGCGAAAGAACGGUCAAAUAAGCAUGGACAUGACAUUUACGAACAAAGCGAUGCAGCCAAUGGGCGAUUUCGCCAUCCAAUUAAACAAGAACAGUUUUGGCUUGACGACAGCAGCUCCUCUCCAAGUUGCUGCUCCUCUUGCCCCAGGAGCUAGUAUCGAAGUCAGCGUUAUUCUAUCGACAUCUGGGGCGGUACAGCGUAUGGAUCCUCUCAACAACCUCCAAGUAGCCAUUAAGAACAACAUCGACGUUUUUUAUUUCGCAUGCAUAGUCCCCAUGAACGUAUACUUUACUGAUGACGGACAACUCGAUAAGAGAGUUUUCUUAUCGACGUGGAAAGACAUUCCAGCCCAAAACGAAGUUCAAUACACACUAAACGGAGUAAUGCUGACGGCCGAUCAAGUUGUCCAAAAAAUGCAGCAAAACAAUGUAUUCACAAUCGCAAAGAGAAACGUUGAAGGACAAGAUAUGCUUUAUCAAUCACUGAAGCUUACGAAUCAAGUUUGGGUUCUGAACGAGCUGAAGAUUCAACCAGGAAAUCCUGAUGUUACCCUUUCACUCAAAUCUCGUUCUGUCGAAGUUGCACCUGGAGUAUUCCAAGCCUACAACGCUAUUCUACACUCCUGAAUUGAUGAUAUUGUGCGAAUUCGUUGAAUGUAUUGACAUAAAUUUAUAUGCGCGAAAUCAUAUGGACGAAGGAAGCUUACGGUUUUCUGCGAUGCCGGGAUUACGUGUCACCUGAGAAAAUUAUGAAGACACCGUCUAUUAGAGGAAAGAAAAAAUCUGAAUCUGAAUCAUUAUUAUUCAAGCUUAAAUUAUAUUCUAUUACGUGAUUCCCGGGCUCUUGGUGACUCCGAUAGAGACGUAUGAAAGUGUAACAUAUAUGUGCUUCAAUCAAAUAAAAACAAAGCACCGAAUGAAAAGACGAAAA